AUGUCUACAAUCACCACCACUGCCACCAUUUCCGCCAUAGCACCACCUGAAUUCAUCGCCCGCCCCGGAGGGAAACUCGACUAUGUGACCUUUACUAUCCCCCAUUCGCAUCACCCCAAUCUCCUCAGCCAAAUCUGCUCCGCUGUCAACUACGAAAUUCUGUCUGGAGAGCCGCGGCUGUGCAGAGACGUGCGUGCCCAGGUGGUUCGAACUCCACAGGGUGAAUACAUCACCGUUUCGAAUCUCCACGAUAACCACAAAAGGUACUUUGAUGCUCUCUUCACCACCGAUGAUAGCGGCAAGGUCGCCCCCAACGACUUCUUCGAGGUGCUGCUGGUGGAAACAGAGCGGGGAAUGGCUGCUCUCGCCCAACAACUCACACAAAACCGUCUCGUGACCGUCUACCGGUCUUCUGAUUGGUUGCAUGUCUAG